CAAAGGAAUAUCUGAAAAUUCUUAGUUACAAUUGUUCUCAAAAUGAUAGUUGAUCAUAAGUUCUUUCAACAUCUCCAAUUUUUGGUCAUUGUGCUACUACUGAGCUGGAGAACCACUUUUGAGCACUCUACGGGAAUGAAAGAUGGUAUCAGAUGCAUAGAAAAGGAGAGAGAAGCUCUUCUCAAGUUCAAAGAUGAGCUUAUUGAUGAAUAUGGCCGACUCUCUUCUUGGGGAAAUGAAAAAUAUAAGGAUUGUUGCAAAUGGAGUGGUGUCUCUUGUGAUAACCAAACUAAUCAUAUUGUUGGGUUGGAUCUUCGAAGUCCACGGAACAAUGAAGAAAGUCCACGGAACAAUGGAGAUGAGAGUAUUGCACCGCUAAGAGGUAAAAUUGGCAUCUGGUUGCUUGAAAUCCAUCAUUUGAAAAUGCUAGACCUUAGUUUCAAUGAUUUCAAUCAUAUCAGAAUCCCACAAUUCAUUGGUUCCCUAGGCAGAUUACAAUAUCUUGAUCUCUUCGGUUCUAAUUUUAUUGGAGAAAUUCCACAUCAUCUUGGCAACCUUUCUGAAUUGAUUUUUCUUCGUCUUGGCUCAUUCAAUGAUGGCUCACUAACUAGCACAAAUCUUGAUUGGCUUUCUCGACUCCAUUCAUUAAGUGAUCUGCACAUGGUCUCUGUUAACCUUACAAUGGCAACAGAUUGGUUUCAAACAAUAACUAAGCUGAAUCAGCUUAAAUCUUUAUUCUUACCUUCGUGCAACCUGCCAAUGGUACUUCCUUCCUCACCUUUCAAUACUUCUAAUUCUCUUUUGGCCUUUGUGGUCUGGGAAAAUGAGUUCUCUUCUUCAUGGAUAUUUCCUUUGGUGUUUAACUUAAGCAGUAGCCUUAUUUUUCUUGACCUCAGUUCCAACAAAUUACAUGGUGAGAUUCCAAUAUCCUUGGGGAAUAUGAGUACUUUAACUUCUUUAUAUUUAUCUGAUAACCAACUUACAGGGAAAGUGCCUUGUCCUGCAUUAUCUUCCUCAUUAAUAGACUUAGAUCUUUCUCGUAAUAUGUUUAAUGGUACCAUUACACAAUGCAUAGGAAGCCUUUCUAAGCUCGAAUCUUUGUACCUUGGAUCAAACAACUUUGAAGACGUAAUCGCUGAAUCCCAUUUCUUUAAUCUUUCCCAAUUAAAAUAUUUGGACUUGUCUUUCAGCCCAAGUAUCUCGUUCAAUAUCAGUUUAGGAUGGAAUCCUCCAUUUCAACUGACAUCAGUAGAUUUAUCUGGUUGCAAAGUGGGUUCGCAUUUCCCCGCAUGGCUUAGAACACAAACAACAUUAGAGAUUCUUGAUAUCUCUAAUGCUGAAAUUUCGGGCACGUUCUCUGAUUUUUUUGGGGAGCAAAGUCCAAAAUUAUCAAGAUUAAAUGUAUCACAUAACAACUUCCAAGGUGUCCUUGCUGAUUUGUCGUCAAAGUUCUCUACUUUCAAUUACAUAGAUUUGAGCUUUAAUCAUUUUAAUGGUUCAUUACCAAUUUUGCCUCAUAAUGGAACCGUAUUGGAUUUGUCGAAUAAUGAAUUUUCUGGGUCAAUUACCAAUUUAUGCAAUAAAACUAGUGGGUAUUGGGAUUUUCUUGACCUCUCAAAUAACUUAUUGUCUGGGCAGCUUUCGAAUUGUUUUGCAAACCAACCAAAUUUAAAAUAUCUUAACUUGGCACAUAAUAAUUUCUCUGGAAAGAUCCCUUCAUUAAAUAUCCAUGCAUCAUUGCACUUACAAAACAACAGUUUCACUGGAGAAAUUCCAACAUCGUUGAGGAGUUGUACAUCCUUGACUUUCAUUGAUCUCUCACUAAAUAAGUUGACUGGUAAAAUACCUAUAUGGGUGGGAGAUACUUGGACUAAAUUGGUCUUUCUGAGUCUCAAGUCCAAUGAGUUCUUUGGUAGUAUUCCUUCCAAUUUGUGUCAUCUUGCACACUUACAAGUGUUGGACUUCUCUUUAAACAAGAUUUCAGGUGGUAUACCAAAAUGCCUAAACAAUCUCACUGCUAUGAUUCAAGUGGAUUCUAAGUUUGAUGGGGCAUUUCAUCUUCGAUACCAUGGAGGCUUCGAGGGUGCAUGUGUGACAUGGAAAGGAAAGAAGGCCGAGUACAUAAAAACUCUCAAAUUUCUGAAACUCAUUGAUCUUUCAAGCAACAAUUUAGUAGGCGAUAUUCCUACUGAAAUUACAAGUCUCAUAAUGCUAGUUGGGUUGAACCUUUCAAGAAAUAACCUGUCUGGAUCCCUUCCUACAAAUAUUGGGCGACUAAGAUCUUUAGAUUUUCUUGAUUUUUCAAGAAACCACUUCUUUGGUGAUAUUCCUACUGGUGUUUCUCAAUUGGAUCAACUUGGAGUGUUAGAUUUGUCGUACAAUAACUUGUCGGGCAAAAUUCCGCAAAGCAUUCAUUUACAAACUUUCAAUGACACUGUAUUUGAGGGAAACCCUGGACUUUGUGGCCUUCCACUUACAAAAGUUUGUCCAGGAGAUGAAAGUGCUCAAGUGCCGAAGAUCAAUGAUAAUGUUCAUGGAAUGAAAGACCCAGAUGAGGAGGAGGACCAACUUAUCAAUAUUGGAUUUUACAUUAGUAUGGUAGUUGGGUUCGUUUUUGGAUUUUGGGGGGUAUAUGGAACUUUAGUGCUCAAUAACUCAUGGAGGAUUGCAUUUUUCAAGUCGUUGAAUAAAAAAAAUUGGUCAUUGAAAUUUUCUUUUUUAGUCACUUAUUUAAAUUCUAUUUGUUUUGCUAACGAGAUAACAAGCAAACAAAAGUAUUUGAGAGACAAAACAAAAGGCAAGUUUCAGUAA